CCAAUUUAUUUAACCCUUGUCCUUUCUCUUUCAUUCUCCAUACACUAAAUUAAUGCUCUUUGCCUUCUCUCCCCCAGCUCUCCCUUCCUUUUAGCUAUACUGAAAGUUUCUGCCUUCCUUCUCCAAUUAGGGUUUCCUUUUUCAUGACUGAUCAACUUCAGUGAUGAAACAUCAUAAACUGUUAUCAUUCAAUGUCAACAGUUUCAUUGAUCUGGAAAGAAUGAAAUAACAGGUCUUGAAAGAUCUCACACAAGGGAAAAAAGGUACCAUAUACCCUUAUUCUCUUCUGAUCAAGAAGCCUAGAUCACAAACAGCAAUAAUUAAAGAUGGCUUCAUCAAGCUCUUCUGGGUCACCAUGUGCAGCCUGUAAGUUCUUAAGAAGGAAAUGCAUGCCCGGUUGCAUCUUUGCACCCUAUUUCCCUCCCGAAGAGCCACAGAAAUUCGCGAAUGUCCACAAGAUCUUUGGUGCCAGUAAUGUAACAAAGCUACUCAACGAGCUUCCCCCACAUCAAAGAGAUGAUGCAGUGAACUCCCUAGCCUAUGAAGCCGAAGCACGAAUGAAGGAUCCAGUUUAUGGCUGUGUGGGGGCUAUCUCAGUGUUGCAAAAUCAGGUUCAAAGGCUCCAGAAGGAAUUAGAUGCUGCUAAUGCUGAUCUGAUUCGCUAUGCCUGCAGCGAAAUUCCGGCACCAUUGCCGGCACAUAGGUCUGCAGAUUUUGGUAGAAGGGUUGGUGAUGGAGGAGAAGGUUCUUUUUACCAGGCUUCUUCUGGUUUUCCUCUUCCAUACCCUCCUCCUACAUGGCCUGAUAAUCCUUCUGGAGAUGAUUCAUGAUGGUUGAGAAGAAAAUUUGAAUCAGAUGGCCAUGAUCUAUAUCUCAUGGUAUGGUAUAGUGGUCUUUUUAAUUUGUGAUUUGUGAAGUCUAGCACUCUAGCUAGCUUAUUUACAUAUAUAAUUCUUAGGUAUGGAGUGUUCUUAAUUAGAUAGAUGCUUGUGGCAACUUUAGUUUGCUUGGUUUAUAAGGCUUAAUUAAGAUUCUAUAUGAGUGUUCAAAUGUGAGGUACGAGUUUGAAAGGCCAUCUGUAUAACCAACAUGGUCUAUUACUGGGUGUAUUAUCAUUUGUUAAGAAGUGAAUUAUCAAUUAAUGUUCUUCUGUGUGAUCACUUGUGAAUAUAGUGCAAUUCUAGAA